GCUGAAAUAGGAAUAUCCAAAAUCCCAAACUCCUCCAACAUGUUGUUGGCUAAUGCCAACCUCAUCUCCUGCAACUUCUCAACCUUCCCGUCAUCCCUUCCACCCAAAACCCAAAACUCCAAAACUUCACUCCAAACCCAAAUCCUCAAGCCCAGAAUUUCACACUCCAAAACGGCCUCAAAAGUUUCAACCUUUUUUGGACCCCACAAUGGUAAAGCUUCAAUCUUUACAUUCCACAAGGGCCAGCUUCAAAUUUGUCACAGUACCUUGAAUAGCCAGAAACCAGAAGACCCAGUUCUGAAUGAAGGUGAAUCCUUGAACAGUGAAAAUGGUGGUGAUGAAAGGAACUGGACAACCUCAAUUUUGCUAUUUCUGUUGUGGGGGGCACUCAUGUACUAUGUGUUCAAUCUUUCUCCAAAUCAGACCCCGUCAAGGGACAUGUAUUUCUUAAAGAAACUCUUGAAUUUGAAGGGAGAUGAUGGUUUUAGAAUGAAUGAAGUGCUUGUGUCUGUCUGGUACAUAAUGGGUUUGUGGCCUUUGGUGUAUAGUAUGCUGCAGCUUCCAACAGGGAGAAGCUCAAAAAGCAGCAUUCCUGUCUGGCCUUUCUUAAUACUUUCAUUCUUCGGUGGAGCAUAUGCCCUUCUUCCAUACUUUGUACUUUGGAAACCACCACCACCUACUGUUGAUGAAAGUGAGCUCAGAAGAUGGCCUCUCAACUUUCUAGAAUCUAAAUUAACUGCUGGGAUUACACUUGCUGCAGGGCUGGGCAUAGUCAUUUAUGCAGGUCUAGCGAGUGGUGCUGACUGGAAGGAAUAUUACCAGUACUUCAAUGAAAGUAAAUUUAUCCAUGUCAUGAGCCUUGAUUUCACUCUACUAUCUGCAUUUGCUCCAUUUUGGGUUUACAACGAUAUGACUUCACGAAAAUGGUUUGCCAAAGGCUCUUGGCUUCUGCUUUUGUCACUGGUGCCGCUUCUAGGCCCUGCUUUGUACCUCGUCUUACGACCAUCACUGUCUACUGAACCUAGUUCACUGAGCCCUGCUGAGCCAGAAUAGUAAUUAAGAUCUUUGUGUCAGUAUCAUCUGCAUAGAGAUUACAUUACAGAUAGGGUGGAAUAGAAUGUAAAUCAUCAUGGAGAUGUGGCGAUCCCAGUCAUUGAAAGAUGCUUGAGAUUUCUUAUCCCAGCUAGCAUCCUUGUGGGUGUGCUUAAAUGACAAAAUACACACUGUCAUUACCUUCUUAUACAACUCAAACCCUUUGAAAGCUUGAUGUAGCCAAGAAGACCAAAAAUUAGGAUUUCAACACAAGCUGCAUGUUGUAACUUACUGUUAAACAGCAAUGGUUACACAUGUGAACAUCUAUGCUUAUUUGUUUUUGAUAAUGAAUGUCAUUAUGCUUAC